AUGGCCUACGAAGAGCUCCGUGCUAUGAUUCGGGACUUGCACCAGACUCUAGGUCAGAAGCAUGUGGAUAGAACGGCCGCGCUCUUAACUCGUGCAAAGCGAGCACUUCUCCAGCUAAAUGCUCUCAUUCCCACCAGUUCGACCCCUCAUCCACUCGUCUCCCUUGCUCGUGAAAUCCUUGAGCUUGGUGCUAUCACAUCAAUACGCCAGAAAGAUGCCCCUUCCUUUACCCGAUAUUAUCAGCAACUACAGCCGUUUUACGACACUGAAAGGCACCUACAGGCAGCCUUUGCGGAGGAUGCUGAGAUAAACUUAAAAACGAGCCAACGAAGCAAGAUAACCGGGCUCUACUUGCUGUUGCUCUUGAGCAUGGGAAACAACACGGAGUUUCACACUGUCCUGGAGGGCCUGGUGGUGGAAGCAUCUUUGAAGGGCCAUCCCGUGGAGACUGACCCGUACAUUAAGUACCCCGUUGAGCUGGAGAGGAGCUUGAUGGAAGGUAGUUAUGAUAAAGUCUGGCGUGAGACUAAGUCUGAAAGAGUUCCAUCAGAAGACUUUGGGCUAUUCUCAUCAAUACUAGUUGGUACCAUCCGAAGCGAAAUUGCAGACUGCUCUGAAAAGGCAUACCCAUCACUUCCCGUCUCUAAUGCCAAAAAUCUAUUGUUCCUCGACUCCGAAGGCGCCGUUGUGGAGUUUGCUAAAGAACGAGGGUGGACUUUGAAGGAUGGGCGGGUAUACUUCCCUAGUCAACAAGACCAGGAGGAGCAGAACACUCCUCAGAAGACUGGCAAAGAAAUCACAUUAACAACGGGAUCUGUAAUCGAAAAUACGAUCGGAUACGCUAGGGACCUUGAAACUAUAGUCUAA